AACCAACCUUCGCGAUUUUCUUCAACAUUCGACAGUUAUUCGCCGCAGACCGAACUUGGCAGCGGAAUUAAGUUUUUCGCAUUUUUCACAGACCAAUAGUCCGAUUGUGUGUUUCGCGUGUUGUUAACUUCAAAUUUUUUUCUUGAAGAAUAUAUUUGUUACUUCAAAUUGAGGUAUACAGAAACAACGGCAAUUGUAAGUUCUGUUUGCCGAUGCAUAAAGAAAAGUGUUUGUUGUAUAAUUUUUAAGAGUGAAUCUAGCGCGUUCAUUUCGGUAUUGGCAUGUGGACAAGUCUUUGUAUAAUUUAGCGUGGUUUUAUCUAUUUUCGUUUUUAAUCAUUACUUUAGAAAACCCGAAAACUACAAUUCCAACAUUUCAAGAGUUUGUGAAAUAGUUGUAAAGUGGUAUGGAAAUUUACAUUUGCUAAAGAGCUACUCUAAGUGGUUAGCUAUUUGUCAUCGGCACAAAAAUUUUUGCAUAUGCAAAUGUUUCGUUUUCAUGAGUUGAGGUUAGGUAUUCCUUUCUCAUAAGUGACGAUUAAUACGCAGCUGUCUACCGGCAUUUAUGUACAAGUUAAAAACAUCCAUUAAGCAAUAUCGAAAGAAGCAUUUCACAAAUGGCUCAGGAAGGUGAUAUUCCCACAUUCAAAUGCGUUUUAGUCGGAGAUGGUGGUACUGGCAAGACCACUUUUGUUAAGCGUCAUAUGACAGGCGAAUUCGAAAAGAAAUAUGUUGCUACACUUGGUGUUGAGGUACAUCCCCUUAUUUUCCAUACAAAUCGUGGCGCUAUCCGUUUUAAUGUCUGGGACACCGCUGGUCAAGAGAAAUUUGGCGGCUUACGUGACGGCUAUUACAUUCAGGGACAAUGUGCUAUUAUUAUGUUUGAUGUAACUUCACGUGUCACAUACAAAAACGUACCCAAUUGGCAUAGAGAUUUAGUACGCGUUUGUGAAAAUAUACCCAUUGUCUUAUGCGGCAAUAAGGCUGAUAUCAAGGAUCGCAAAGUAAAGGCUAAAAGCAUAGUUUUUCAUAGAAAGAAAAACUUGCAGUAUUACGACAUAUCUGCAAAAUCAAAUUACAACUUUGAAAAACCUUUCCUAUGGCUGGCACGAAAAUUAGUAGGAGAUCCAAACUUAGAAUUUGUGGCUAUGCCAGCGUUACUUCCGCCAGAAGUUAAAAUGGACAAGGACUGGCAGCUACAAAUCGAGAGAGAUUUACAAGAAGCUCAAGAAACCGCAUUGCCAGAAGAGGAUGAGGAUUUGUAAUUUUUCCUUAAAGCCGAUUUUACAAGUUAUCCAGAACAUUUAUUUCUAAAGUUACUGCAAAAACGAAAAUGGCGAAAAAAUUUGAAGUACUAAGAUUUACAAUGCAGAAAUUUUGAUAUUUAUUGGGAAAUAGUUUUCCAUACCUUUCUUUGUUCAUGUAAUUGGUAUUUAAGUUUUGCUAUUUUCUUAUUUUUAGUGUACAAUUUAAAUAAUUUUGUAUUAAAUUAAUUUGAAUAAUACUUGGAGGAGUUUGAUAAAUAAUUUUAUUCUGUUUAUGUAUCCACUCAGGCCUCAAUAAAUAUAAGUUAAAAAUGGCCUUUUGGGCAAGUAAAA